CACAUCUCCUAUUUGAAAGCCGCCUCUCUACCGGGAGAGGAAGGCUCUUUUUCGGUCAGAUGGCGUGCUGCAGUCCGCCCCCGUCAUUCUCCAGCCCACGCAGAAAGCAAAAAGGCAGCCAGCAACCAAUACGGUGCGCCGGAGGAGGAUUUCUGCCAGUGAUUUCAGACGAGCUACUAUACGCAAAAGGGAUUUACUACGUCGAUCUGAGCAGGGGAAGCUUGCGGCGAAAGGCACUGGGCCAGUUUCACUCAGCAGUACGGACCUGUCUGUGACUUCGGUGAUUGGAGAGACACCUUUGCGUAAUUACGCCCGUCUCCUCUCUCUGUAUCAUCAUCUACCUGACCUGGAGAAGGUAAGACAUGUCUAUUCGCAACUAUUCUGGCUCAACGUGGCUUAUAUGAAAAUUCCUUUCACGAUUGGGGGGAAUAGUUACAGCCUGCCUAUUGUGCUUCAAAGUAGUGGUUUUCAAAUGGGGCCCUGGGGGGUCCAGAGGUCAGUGGCACAUUGCCAAGAGUUUCCAAAACCAUCUUUUUAAAGUAUCAUGAUAUAGAGGUCUAAACAUGCAGUACAUGAAACAUUUUGUAAUCAAAAAGAGGUCUUCAAAAUGUACAUCGAUGACGUUCCUUUCUUAAGAGGUUAUAAGUUUUAUAAAACAUUUUAUACAAAAUCUUUAUUGAUUCAUGGAUUCUUUAGUGUUGGGAAAACCCCCUUGUACGUUUUGACUUGGUAGUCUUCAUCAGGACACAUGUGAUUUUUCUACUUCAGAGUAUCUUGAAUGUCUUUCUGCCACUAAUACUUGAUGGACUUAUGCGUGUGUCCAUGUUGAGCAUCUGAUUUGUUCUUGUUUUUCUUUGCUGUUUUGUUAUUUUGUGACCAAUGUAGCACUCUCCUUAAUUAAACAGAUCAUUGUCAACUUAUUCCAGAGGAAAUAGAUGAGGGGUUGAUAUAUUAUUCAUCUUUUAGAGACUGAUAAAAAAACUGAGAAGCUCUGCUCCAAACCAUGCACAUACAUUUAUUUGUUGAAGAUUUCUAUUGAGUUGUUAGGAAUUUACAAUGUAGUCCAGUUGGCAAAGCCUUUAUUAAAAUAGAUGAUCACAUUUUCCUUUCUCCUGCCUCAUCUGCCCAGUGCCGUGUGCCAUGUCUCUGCCACGCACACUUGGGGAGCUGCAGCUUUAUCGGGUGCUGCAGAGGGCCAACCUGCUGGCCUACUAUGAAACCUUCAUCCAGCAGGGCGGUGACGACGUGCAGCAGCUCUGUGAGGCAGCGGAGGAGGAGUUCCUGGAGAUCAUGGCUCUAGUUGGCAUGGCCACCAAGCCACUGCAUGUGCGUAGGCUGCAAAAGGCCCUCCGAGACUGGGCAGCAAACCCUGCCCUCUUCAACCAGCCUGUUUCUAACGUCCCACUCGGGGGCAUACCGCUCUUCAAAGUUGAUGGAACAGGCACGAGUGGGUCAGCGGGCGGGCCCAGGAAGUCUGUGAGCAAUGGGCAGCCAGGGUCACCGUGUGAAAGGGAGGACCGGACGUGUCUUACUCCAAUGCACAGUGGGAGUCCUAGAAGCCCCUGCUCCCAGGCCUCACCACAACCACCAGACACACACUACAGGGAAAACCUGUCACCCAUGGACCCACAUUGGCUCAGCCCAGAGCCAGAUGGAAACUGCACUUCUACAUCUGGAUUAGAGGAGGAGCCGCCCAGCCCACCUCUGCUGUCAGCAUGUCCUCCUGGUCCCUCCACAUCUCCAAGCCCCUCUGCUUCUUUUGCCCUGGCACCUCUGUCAGCCUGGCCCGGAGGACAGCUGGACGGGGAAACAGCGAGGGCGGUGGUGGAGAGUGUGGAGAGGCUACUCCGGACCCUGCCCAGGUCAGAUCCUGCAGAGGUGAAGACUCUGCUCAGGAUGAACAAGAAGAUGGCAAAGACUGUGGGGCACAUUUUCAAAAUGGGGUCCCAGGAUGUGAACAAGGAGGAGGAGAUCCGAAAGUACAGCCUCAUUUAUGGGCGCUUUGACUCCAAGAGGAGAGAAGGCAAGCAGCUCACACACCAUGAGCUGAUCAUCAAUGAAGCUGCUGCUCAGUUCUGUAUGCGUGACAAUGCCCUUUUGCUGAGACGGGUGGAGCUCUUUUCUUUAGCUCGGCAAGUGGCGAGAAAAUGUGCCUACACCUCCACACUGAAGCAUGCAAGGACAAAUCCAGAUGACAACAGUGUGGUGUCUCAGAAGAGAGCGAGACAUGAGGAGACCGUGUCAUCACUUCUCGGAGCAGAAGGUUCAGAGGGUUUGACCCAGAGGGCAGACGAAGACAGUUUAUCUACAGAAAGCCUGGACAGUGGAUCACAUGACACUGGCUCACAGUGCAACCAGUCUCCUUCCCCCCGCCCCCACACUGACACCUCCAACCCCACCAGCUGGAGUCGCCAUCUCAUACAGCAAACACUAAUGGACGAAGGGCUGCGAUUGGCUCGAAUGGUGUCACAUGAUCGGGCUGGCAAGAUCAGCCUAAGAUCAGAAGGGACCCGCUCCACAGACCAUGACAGUAAAGUGGAGAAGCGGAGCUCAUUACCAGCGUGCAGGAGCAGUAGCCCUUGCAUCACCAAAGACAACUCAAGUCACCGAGGGAAAUGAAAAUGCUUACAGGUUAACAGGGAACUAGUUGUGCUCAACCUGCCAUUGAAGUCCCUUCAGAUUGUGCUGUCAAUGAGCAGGCUUUUCACACACACACGUACUUCACUGACAUCACAAGCCUCCGAUGUUGAGAAAACACUCAUGGACUAGAAAAUGAAUCAAGCAAAUGUCAGAUUUUACCAGCAGUUAAGAUCAUAAACCUGCAGGGACCCGUUAAAAAGUAGGGGAGACACUCUUUCUAUUUUAUUAGGAAAGAUCUGAUAUAUUUUUUAUGUUAUUGGCAUCUGCUUAAAAAAGUGAAAUACUUGACACAGCAGAGGGCACUGCAACUUUAGAAAUGAAAUCUGUUAACCCAGCCCAGCCCGAGUACACCGACAGCAACACAGAUUACUCACGUUAUUUUAAGGCUAUGACAGCUCAUCACCCUCAGGAAACACAUGUGCUGGUUUUUGACACACAUCAGUGUGGAAGUCAGAUUUAUUCCGACGUGAACAGUUUGCCUUGACAUGCAAAGACAAGUUAUGCAUGAGGAGCUGGAAAACGAUUAGUGUUAUGUACUGUAAAAUGAUUGACAUUUCCCAGAGCAUAAUGACACUUAAACACCACGGGGUAGGUUCAGAAACAUUUUGUUCUUUGCUGCAUCAUUUUAUGAACCAUUAUUAUUAUUAUUUACUCCCUCACUUCCUUGAUUAAACAAUUUUGGACAAAAGGCCGGAUAAUAUUUGUAAAAGGAAAUAGUUUGAGGCAUUUAAAUGAUCUGGAAACAUUUCUUUCUAAAAAAAAACAACAAAUAACACAGACACUUUGAUUUCCAAGUGAAAACAACAUUGUCUUUUCUUUUCAUACAGUCAAGUGAGGUUUCUGACAUUGUGCCAGUUGUACAGCCUGCAUUCACAACUAAAUAUUACAGGUACCACAGCAUUUCCCCAUCAAACAGUCGAUGAUUAAUGUACUUUUUUUUAGGUGUAGCAGAAACCCAUGGCCUGUGGUCGUCUGUAUAUGGAAUAAUUUCUUUGGUCAUAGAUGUGGCCAAGGGCAGCCUCGUGUUGGUUUUUUGAAAAAGAGAAAACAUGCAGAAUCUCAUGGUGCUUGAUUUUUCAUAUAGCAGCUCCUAUAAUUUAUUUCAACCUACUGGCCACAAUCAGGAAUAACUGAAUGAUGUUCAAACUCCAUGUUUACUUACAGUGUUGAUAAUGAUCAUGUUAGGAUUUCUGUACCCUCGAUAACAAGAGUAUAUCAGUGAGGUAGCUUUCUGUGAAUCAGUGACACCUGCCUGUCCCCUGAGCAUUAGUAACCUCAGUUUAUUAUGUUGCUAAAAACAGAUUAUUUAUUUUGUUACAUCUCAAUAAAUGUUA